AUGUCGACCGCUCAACUAUUCACCCCGUCUGAAAAUGCGCUUCUCGACAGCCCCUUCCCUACGCCCCUCCCCCCACAACCCACUUUAACUGCGCCCUACGUCGACACCUACCUCGCCUUCCGCACACGCCCUCUCUUCCGCCCCAUCCCCACACACCCUUUCGCCCCCCUCGACCUGCAAGUAUCCUCGCACCUGCCCCCUACUCCUUCCCCGGCCCAACUGCUGGACAUCGCAGUCCUCUUUCCGCCCUCCGUCACCGCCCCAAUCGUCGCCCCCCACCUUUCGGAUUUAGCAAAGCCCGUUUCACGCAUGGUCAACUCUCUCACACGCGCCUUGGCUACCGCCGACGUCGUCCACGUGCUGGACUGUUUCGAUGUGUUGCUCGCCCUCGCCCUCGCCGAUGCACGUUCCAUCGUCCUGGAAGCGCUUUCCUCACGCAGGGAUCGCGGAGCGGCCGUGAAAAAGGUCGGCGAAUGGGCCGCUAUUGCACGUCGCAUGAACUCACCGCAGGCCGAUGCGAGGCUCGCCAAUGGGCUGCGUGCGAGGGAUAUGCUCGCCGGUUUAGCUGCCUUGCUCGUCGACGCUUUGUUGGGCUUACCGCCACCAGAAUCUGGAAAGCACGUCGCUCUCAAGCUCGAGGAGGACAGGAAGGAGGGCGAUCUGAUAGGGAAGGCUGCCAAUCGGAGAAAGAAGACAGGCAUCAAGGAACUCGAUACGUUUUCAGGAGAGAAGGAUCUCUCUGUGGAUGCAGAUUGGUACAAGCGGAGAGUCGCCGCCCAGCAGGCACGUGAACACCUCGAGCAAGAGAGGUUAGAGGAGCAGGACCGUGCGAUUCAAGACGGAGGCUUCAAUCUACCUGAAGAGGACACGUACAACGAUGAUCCAGAUGAGGGGGAGCUUGCUGGAGAAGCUGCUAUGAAGGACCUGCUGAAUAAGACUCAUGUCAGCGACAGCGACGAUAGCGAUGGCAUGCCGGACGUCCCAGAUGCUGCGUUUGGUGGUACGUCGCAGUCAGGUCGAGGGUAUGGUCGCGGACGGGGUCGCGGUAGCGGUAGAGGACGCGGUCGUGGAAGGGGACGAGGUGGGGGUCCGAGUGGAGAUUCUUUGAGAGGAGGCGGGAGAGCACGCGGCCAUGGGCGCAACGGAGUGCCUCCUGGUUUUCCUGGACGCGGAAGAGACGCUGGCGGCAGCACACCUGCGUCCGCCUCUACUGCCGGUAACGGUUCUCUGGCAUUCGUUACUGAAGCAGAGUCUGUAGCUGCACGACAACCAGCUGUUGAACGGAGCACCAGCGCCAGCGGGGGACGUGGUCGCGGCCGCGGUCGUGGGAGAGGAAGCAGCGAGACACAGUCACAUUAUGGAAGGCGCGAUUGGAACCCAGCUGGAAGACAAUCUGUUCGCAAUCAAAGAAAAUCAACUAGUACCGCUAGCACCGGCAGUCGGGGAGGCGGCUCCCCGAGGCGCGGAGGCGGAAAUUCGCCAAGAAAUUGAAACUGCGGCGGCCUGUUGCCACUAAUUCCAUCUAUAUCUCGUUACCAGCUUGCGCCAUCUCCAUUUUGAAAGGAGGUGAAUUUGUUAUUUGCUGUGUCAUGGUAAGCGAGUGUAUGAGCAGGGGGGUCGUACUCUCCUAGGCAAAGAUGCGCCGAAACAAUUGCGAAGGCUUGAUAGAGCAGGGGUUUGAGGCGAAAUAUAAGAUACGCCUAGACGCUGUGUCAUCGACGAUGAAAAGGCGGGCCAUGGUCCCGCCUUUUUUGGUUACAGUGUCGUCUAUGACGCCAUACCCGUUCUUGAGUUCAAUCGAGGAGAAGUUUCGCGUUUCAUUUGACUUCACACUCACUGCAUUUCAUGCGUACGCGUCUAAUGAAAGAAAUCUUUCAUGUAUUGCACGUCUUGCAAGGAAAGAAAGAAAAACGUAGAAAGGAGGUAUUGUACGACUUGCGUGCAGGAAAACCGGAAUGAUUAUUGAUUCGCUCACAGAAGCUCAGCCGAAGGUGUACACGCCCCUCUAUAUUGCAAGAGCUUUUUGUCAGCAGUGGUUCGGGAAAGAGUCGUUAUGAGCCCUCCUCGAGUAGCAAAAUCAAUCACGACUCUGUUCACGACAUCCUCGCUGACAUCUACGGAAGUCUAGGUUUCAUACGAUCACACACAAAACGGUUCCAAAAAUCAUUGCUUUUCAACGAAACGCAGUGAAUAGUAAUUAACUUGUCUGUUCAAACUUAACACUUUUAAACCAUUAAAAUGGUAACACAUCUACCGUCGAAAAA